CAUCUCACUCGCACCACGGUCAUGAGGGGGCCGUGGAGCUUCCGCCGCUUCUCCUCCAAAUCCUCCCUUCACAUCCCUGCCGCCGCCGCCCUCCUUCCACUGCCGCCGCCCGUCACUGCCCUCCUCCGCCGCGGCCUUCUCCCCGAAGCCCUGCGAGCCUCCGCCGUCCACCACCCAAUCCCCCUAACCCUCCAACUCUUAUCCCUCUCGCUUAAGUCCGGCCUCUCCCCAGACCUCCACCUCGCCACCCAUCUCAUCGGCCGCCUCUCCCACUCCGGCCACCUCUCCGAGGCUCGCACCCUCCUCCUCCACACUCCCGCCGCCGACACGGCAGCCUGGAACGCCCUGAUCGCCGGAUGUGCCCGAAAUGGCGGCGUCGAACUCGCGUUCCAACUCUUCAAAGAAUUGCCGCUCCACGGCCUCAAUCCCGACGCCUUCACCUUGAGCUCCCUCAUUAAGGCCUCCUCCCAUGGAGACAUUCUAGCCACCGAAAUAGUCCAUGGGGUCGCCGUCAAAAUGGGAUUUUUAUCAGCUGUUUACGUGAUCACCGGCUUGCUGGAUAACUACUCGAAACUAGGGGAACUGGGCUUGGCUGAGCAAUGCUUCGAAGAAUGCCCUUUAUUCGAUUCAGGGGUGUGGACUGCCAUGGUUUCUGGGUAUGUGAAGAAUGGAAUGAUUGGAUCAGCUGUUGGAACCUUUAAAGAGAUGUUGGAUUUGGGAUUGCGUUUGAAUGAGUUUUGUCUUACGAGUGUUCUUGCUGCAUUGUCUGAUGGCGAGUUUGAUGUAAAGCAGGGGAAGCAGAUUCACUGUUUGAGUAUAAAGGUAGGAUUUUUAUGUCGUGAGUCAAUGCCUUUGAACAAUGCGCUUCUGAGCAUGUAUUGUAGGUGUGGAACUAAGGCUGAAGGGCUUCGUGCGUUCGGCGAGAUUCAGGAACCUGACGUGGUUUCUUGGAGCACAAUUAUCAGGGUUCUUAAUGGUGAAGAAGCUCUUGGGUUGUUUGGAUUCUUGUUGUCGAGAGAUGUGGAUGUGAAUGAUUUCACUCUGAUCAACGUCCUGUCAGUGAUUGAUGGGCCGGAGUUUCUGAGAGGUGGGAAACAGAUCCAAGCUUGGUGCUUUAGAAAUGGCUUUGCAUCCAUUAUCUCUGUUGGCAAUGCACUUGUUUCCAUGUAUGGAAAGUGUCGGCAGAUUGAUGAUGCGAAGCGAGUAUUUGAUGAAAUGGUCGAAAGAGAUAUAGUUUCAUGGAAUGCCUUGAUAGCUGCAUGUGUUGCUAAUGGCUUGCCCGAUAGAGUGCUAUGGUUGUUUUCUUGGAUGCAGCACUCAUCUUUCGAACCCAAUAUUUCUACCUUGUCAAGCCUUUUUGAAGCUGCUUCUAGAUUUUCUACUUCUGAUCUUGCAGCACAAAUCCAUUCAUAUAUAGUCAAAUUAGGACAUAUAUUUGAUGAUUGCAUAGCCACCGCCUUGAUAACAUUAUAUGGAAAGUGUGGUAUGAUUGAUGAGUCCAAACAAGUAUUUGAUGAGGUUGAUAGAAGAGUUUUGGUCCAUAUAAAUAAGAUGGCUUCCACUUUUGUUCAAGCUGGCCAUCAUGCAGAUGCAAUUAAACUAUUUAAGAGAACUAGGCAUAUGGGAAUGGAAGUGGACAACGUUUCUCUUAGUGUAGUCAUUAAAGCUUAUUGUGCUGUGUCAUCAAUAGAGCAAGGAAGGAACAUGCACUCUCUAGCUCUGAAAUUGGGCAUCGAUAGAGAUAGUUUUGUCGGGAGUGGUCUGAUUGAUAUCUACUGUAAAUGUGGAAGCCUAGGUGAAGCAAUAAAAGUUUUUGAGGAGCUUCCCAGGAGUAAUUUGGCUACAUGGAAUGCAAUGCUGACAGGGUAUGCACAACAUGGCUGCUAUGACAAGGUCACUAAUCACCUUAAGAAGAUGAUAGAAGAAGGUAUAGACCCUGAUGAGAUUACAUUUUUGGGACUGCUUUAUGCCAGCUGUCAUGGAGGUCAUGUUGAGGAAGCCUGUUACUACUUAAACUCCAUGACUGAAGACCAUGGUAUAGGUCCAUCUUUAGAACACUAUGCCUGUGUUGUUGACUUGCUUGGUCGAGCAGGACAACUAGAAGAAGUUAAAAGAAUUAUUGAUCAAAUGCCUCUCAGUCUGGAUGCUAGGAUGUGGCAGAUCUUUCUGACAGCCUGCAGCAUCCAUGUCAAUGUGAAGCUUGGAGAGAUUGCAGCACAAGAACUACUGAAGCUUGAACCUGAUAAUGUCUCUGCCUAUGUGCUACUUUCAAAUAUUUAUGCGACGGCUGGUAAAUGGGAUGAGGUUAGGAUAUUGAGGAGGGGAAUGAGGGAGAGAACAGUUUGCAAGGAACCGGGAUGUAGUUGGAUUGAAGUCAGAGGAAAUAUCCACUCUUUUUUAGUGAGUGACCUAACCCACCCCAGGUUUCAGAAAUUUCUUUAAUGCUAGGAGAGUUGCACAAUGUAAUGACGAUCACAAAAUCUGAGGCAGAUGGAAAUUUGGUGCAGGAAGAAGACUUGGUAGCACAUUUUUAAAUGACUUGAAGUCAAAGAUAGCCUAAGGAUACCAUCCAAAAUAAAGGUUGGCCUGAGGCUAAUUCAAGCUGAGAACAUGAGACAAUGUUGCUGAUAUGGAGAACCAGCACAGAUAUGGCAUCGCAGCCUCCUUCGCUAACAUGUGAUGUUGUUUCUAAAGGCUAAAUAUUGAGGGAAUAACCACCACCGCAUGGGCUUCCUUAUCCCUUACUAUUUAUGUUUUUAACUAAUGACUUAAACAAGGAGCUCAUUGUUGACUCUGGUGAAUUCUCCAAGGUUUAUGAGGUUAUUCUCAGGGACAGCACUUAGAGCUGCAGUUAUCUUGUGCUGGUCUGAGAACUGGCACAUUUUGCUCUUUACUAGGGACUCCAAUGACAGUUUGAAAGUGACCCUGCUCUGAGCACACAGAGGGAAACAUCCUUAAGUGUAACUAAUACUAAUGGUAUUUCUCAUGCUUGUUAUGGAAAGCAGAGGAUAAGACAUUGAUGUCCAACAUUCUCCUAGUAGAGGAACAAUUUGUAUCUCCACUUCAGUCUUGACCGGCCUUCCUUCCACCGGGGAGAUCCUUGUGAGCCUGUGGCAAUGGAUAGCAGUGCCCAGCAUAAUUAAUACUGCAGGGGCUCAGUGAUGUCUAAUAUGUGCUUGCUCUUUGAAAUGCUUAUUUGCACAUGAGGCUGAUCAUCGAGCCGAUGCUCUUCAGAGGAGCAUUUUCGUUUCGUGGAGUCGGUAUUGCCAUUAACAAAGGAUCAACUGAUCCAGAGAAUCAUCAAUUUGGGACUUCGGGGAAAGAGCAAAAAUAAAUUUCUUAUCAGGGUCUGGUUUAGAUACUGUGAAGUUCUUAUAGGAGUAUCUGGUGAGAUAGCUCCGAAGUGCCUGCAUGAGUAUGGCAUCAAUGGGCCUACAGUUGGAUUGUCUUCUGGAAGUUGUAGUAUGGGCUGUGUUUCAUCAAGAUGGAGUCAAGAGGGAACAAUGUUCUUGUAGUGAGUCAGGCAUCUUCACUGAGCAUAGAUACCAACAGCAAAGAUGAUCCAGCUGAGAACAAGGAUGGAAUAUUAGCUGUUAACUCAGAUCUCUUGAAGCGAUGACAGAAUCGAGAUGCAGCGAUCUAUUUUAUCAAUUAAGCCCAAAAUCUUUCAGAAAUUAAGACUGCACGACCACAAGUCUUUCAUGAUGCAUCUAGUGGUGCGUUGCACAAUAAGGUGAAGAUAGCUUUAAUCUACAUGGGUGAUGCAUCAAGCUUUUUUGGGACUACUCAGAGAGACAUGCCAUCUGGUGCAAGGAGAGAUUGGUGCAACUCCCAGAUACAACGGCUGUAUUAUUGGUGGUAGAGUUGCAAGCAAUUACGACACACACGGAUUUUUUUUUUUUUUUUUGGUAAAUGGUUCCAAGGGCCAUCUUAUCCUAUGCAAGUGAAGACAGAGAAAGAUAAUAGAAUGAUGUCAGCAAUCAAAGCACAUUUUCUGUCUUAAAUAAUUUGCCCAAUAAGCCACAUUGUGCCACCAAAAUAAUAAUAAAA